CAAAACUUCAAAGUCGCUAAUGUUUUUUCAGCUUAUUGUUUUAAUCCAUCAUACUAAAUUUUGUCAGUGUGACCUGUAAAAUCCGCAGAUCUCAAUAUGAGGGCAGGUGCUUCUGGAAUUGUAUAGUUAGCGCAUAUAUAAAUAAUCUCGUCAGUUUACCGUUAUAAUGUCCUCAAAGGCAAGGGAAGUCUUAGUGAUAUUAGUUACUGCUUUAAUCUAUUUCAGUGUAGUAGACUGUGACACAUGUCCGGCAGACAAUUUUGCAAAUGCUUUAGUAGCUGACCAGCCUAGUUGUGCGAAAAAGUGGUUACCGGUCAAGCAGCUUCAUUGGACGAAGAAGAAAAGGAUACUGGUAAUCCCUUUGUUGACUAGCAAACAGCUGUUUUUCUUUGGGUUUUUCAAUGUUUGUCAAAUAGAGCUCCGCUUUGUCCUGAGUUUUUAAAGUAUCCCAGGCUAUAAAAUAAUACAGCCAUGGGUAAUCACUAAAAAAUAUUCUGUCGACAUCUCAUUAGUCAAUCAAAUUGUACCUCCAAUUUCCCUAUAAUAAAGAAUUUUAUAUAGCGAUGCUUCAGGUAUCUAUUUCAUUCUAUUUAUAGAGAUAAAUAAAAUAUCGCGUGUAUCACGUGUUUUGUGCUAACAGUUUUUUUGGGAUAACCUUAUCAGAACCUCUACCCUUGGACCUGUAGCAAACUCACUGUUGUAAAGAUUCAUACCCUUCCAUAAGGUUUCUGUUUAACUUUAUAUAAUUUCAUCUGCUUAUUUUACCCAUGUAUGCAUAUAUAAAUAUUAUGAAAUAUUGUGUGCCGUACGCGUAUAAUAUUGCGCAAAGCAAUUAUUAUUACUAUCAUCAUGAUUACUAUUGUGUUCUAUUACUAUUAUUUGUAUACUACUACUCUUUAAUUCGCCCAGUAGCUCGUCUCUGUUGAAUGUUCUGCCUAGCAUAAGCGGUUUCGAAUCGGCGAGUGGUCAAUCUUUUAAAUGAUAUCACUGAAUACAAAACCAGUACAGUUUUCCUGAAUCUACGCAUUUAACCUUACCUGCUCCAACACAUACAUUUCGACGCAAGUGGAAUGACAGAUAGGUCUGGGUUUGUCUUUAGAAAGUCUUGAUAUUGACAUGUACUAUAUAUCUGUGACUAGUACUCAAGACUAUUAUAAAGUAACACAGACUCCUCCAUCUGUUAGUCGGAAAACACUUUUCACAUGCUGAUAUCCGAAGAACCUGUGACACUGUAAUCCUAUUUGGUUGAGUUAUUUUUUCCCUUAUUAGGUAACUGGUGGUGCUGGUUUUGUGGGCUCCCAUUUAGUUGAUAAAUUAAUGCAGGAUGGUCACGAGGUUAUAGCUUUAGACAAUUUUUUCACAGGAAAACGACAUAAUAUCGAACAUUGGGUUGGACAUAGGAAUUUCGAACUUUUACACCAUGAUGUUACUAAUCCUAUAUAUGUGGAAGUGGAUGAAAUUUAUCACUUAGCUUCACCAGCAUCACCCCAACAUUAUAUGCAUAAUCCUAUACGUACUAUUAAAGCAAACACAUUGGGUACUUUAAAUAUGUUAGGAUUAGCUCGUCGUACAAAUGCAAAAUUUUUAUUCGCUUCUACUUCAGAAAUUUAUGGCGAUCCUGAAGUUCAUCCUCAACCUGAAUCCUAUUGGGGUAAUGUAAAUCCAAUUGGUCCUAGAGCUUGUUAUGAUGAAAGCAAACGACUUGGUGAAACAAUGACUUAUGCUUAUUUUAGACAUCUUAAUCUUCCUGUUAGAGUUGCCCGUAUAUUCAAUACUUAUGGACCAAGAAUGCAAAUUAAUGAUGGUCGAGUAGUUACUAAUUUCAUUGCACAAGCAUUAAAUAAUGAAUCGAUUACGGUAUAUGGAUUAGGAGAACAAACUAGAUCUUUUCAGUAUAUCAGUGAUCUUGUGAAUGGUCUUGUAGCUUUAAUGGAAUCCAAUUAUACAAUGCCUGUUAAUUUGGGAAAUCCUGUUGAAUUUACAGUGAAUGAAUUAGCAAUCAUGGUCAAGAAUUUUACAGAUAGUAAAAGUGAUAUCAUUUAUCAACCAUUACCAAUCGAUGAUCCUCAACGAAGACAACCUGAUAUUGGUACAGCUAUAAAACAAUUGAAUUGGAAACCAUCAGUAACUUUACAAGAAGGAUUACAUAAAACUAUAAUUUAUUUUAAAGAUUUAUUAAAACCAUCAUCUGAAUGUGACAUACAUUAGAUCACUUCAAUAAAUCAAGAUUUACAUGAUCUUAUUCUACUGUAUACCUUUAUGAAUGUUGAUUUUUUUUUCAUACAUUUAAUCAUUCAAAUUGAAAUUUAGUUUAUUAUGUAUCUUGAUGUAAAGUAUCUUUCUUUGUUGUAUAUUAAUUGAUAAAAUAUAAAUAUUCUGACUUG